AUGGCUCCAUACCGCCCAAGUGGAAGAUCAAGCCGCUCUGGUCGGAGCCAGAUUGACCACGAUGUUUUUGAAGGACUUCCUGUUCGAAACUGGCGCCGUACAACCAUGAGCGUCGGCGCGCCAGCAAGAAUGGAAGCGACGUUGCCGCAUCACUUACAACUCGAGCUUCCCAUGCCAAAGGAAUCGCAUCUGCUCAGCCCCAUGAGCAGAGCACUACUUCAAGCUGCGCGGGCAGGCACAAUGAACCAACCUCCUGCACAACAGGCGGACAAAGAACAGGAGAGCAGUACCGAAGGUCAAGAGGACGAAUCAGCGAAGACGUUGGUCGCAAAGCGGUGGACGGCAGUGCCUCGCAGUCAAGAAGGACCAGAGCCCGAAUUUUUGGCAAAGAAGAGAAAGGGCCUGUCGUCAAGACCGAUUGGCACGCUGGCUGACGGUGACUUGCAUGUGACGAAGCGCACGAAAAUCCGAAAAGUCGACGCGAAUGGAAAUACUUAUGUCAUUGACAUGGUGGUAACGGAUGGGCAGAAUAUUGAUGGCGAAGUCAUAGAAGAGAUUGUUACAACGGAUGGACAAGACGCUAGUGCUGGCUUCGGCGCAGAUGGUGGUGCUGCGCAAGGCACAGAGACGCCGAUACGGAAAAAGCCUAUGCCGCCUCGAAGGAAGCCGAAGAAUUGGAAGAGAAAAGUACAAUUUCUCGCCAAUAAAGAAGCAGGAGCGGACGAGUCAUCAGCGGCUCAAACGCCCAUGGAUUCUGGCGAAGAUACUGGCUCUGCAGCAGCAGGGAUGGAUGGAGAAAAUGAAGAUGUCCCGAUGUCCGACACCGCGGACCUCCCCGAGGCCGAGGCUGAUGAUGAAGAUGAGAAAAUGGACGAAGACGAAGACGAUGAAGAGGACACUAAAGUCGGCGCUGAUGAAAGAGAGGCUUCCACUGAGAAUAAGCCUGACGUUACGGGUAACGAGCCCGUCGUUGCUCAGCAUCAAGACCCAUCUAUUGCUACGGAAGCGCCGUCAGAUUUGAAAGAUGAGCAGCCAAGUGUGCAGGAACAACCAAGUGUGCAACCGGAGUUGGAACCGAAGCCCGAGGAUGCUCAAGGAACAGAGUCGGUAUCUGCAGUUGAGGCAGAGGCGCCUAAGGAAGAGCAGUCUGUCGCUCAGACCAAUGAGCCAGAGCUUCCUCGGCCUCAGGAUUCAUCGAACGUCGCGGAAGAACCUUCGAUCUCUCACGACGAGCAGCAAAAUGUGCAGCCAGAAGAGAAACCGUUAGAAGAGAAGCCCGUAGAAGAGCAGCCAGCGGAAGAGAAACCAGCAGAGGUUAAGGCAGCAGAAGAGGAGCCAGUAGAAGUGAAGCCUGAAGAGAGCACGCCAGCAGAAUUAACAUCUGCGCCUGAUUCAAAUGAUGCAAAUAAACCAGAACCCACGCCUCCUUCCGAAGCGCCAGUCGAUAAUCAAUCGGAAACUCCAGCGGAGGAACCAAGCAAGGUCCAAACCCCGGUUGCACCUGAAUCACAACCUGAACCACAACCCGAAAAACGGCCUGAGCAACAUCUCGAGCCAGAGCCUCACCAACAAGUUGAAGCUACUCCUUCGGCCGAAGUGCCCAAACUCGAAACCGAGACCGAAAACGCAGCUCCCGAUGACGCAGUUCCAGCUUCAGAGAUCGAGCACACGCCACCUCCUCUUUCUCAGUCCUUGGAAUCCCAAUUGGCUGGUUCAACUGAACCUGAACCUCAACCCAAAGCGGAACCUGAAGUACUUUCUGAGACUGAGAAUCAACCCACAAGUCAAGAUGGUGUCGAUGGACAAGAAGCACCCGCUGCGCCUGGCGCUGUGCAGGGCCAAGGACAAGAAAGUCCCAGCGGUCCCAACGCACCGCUGACAUCAGAGUCACUGGAUACUCAAAAGGCGGAGCAGGCGGAGCAGGCAGAGCAGGCAGAGCAGGCAGAGCAGGCAGAGCAAGAACCGCAGGCACCUCUCAAUGACGAGGCCGCCACGCAGGAGGCCCCCGCGGAGAAUUCUGUGCCUCCUCCAAGUGAAAGCCAAGAGGCCAAUACUGCUUCUGAAGAGAAUGAUUCAUAG